UGUAACAUUUCAGUCGUCGGUGGGCCCGUUUUUUAUAAGUAUUUCAAGGAUGACAGCUGAAGUAAAUAAAGGACCCCUUCUGGGAAUGCGGCAUGUUCAGACCCUACUCAUUUUCCUCAACAUAACAUGUUUGUAUAUCGGUCGCCUGAAUGUGGGAGUAUGCGUGGUGGCCAUGACGAAUGCCGAGACCACCAAUCUGGAUUUUCCAGAAUAUGAUUGGUCUUUGACACAAAAGUCGUAUAUAAUCUCCAGCUUCUUUUGGGGCUACAUUUUCACCCAAUUCCUCGGGGGCUAUCUCUGCAAGCUGUUUGGAGUCAAGAAUGUCAUGCUCUGGGGAUCCUUCGCAUCGGGUGUCUUCAGCGCUCUAACGCCCCUCUUCAUCAGCUUUGGCGGAUGGCAGGCGUACUGCGGUGUUCGGGUGCUUAUGGGCUUUGCUCAAGGACUGAUCUUCCCCUGCAUUCAUCAGCACCUGGCCAGGUGGUCACCCCCCGCGGAGAGGAAUCGCUUGGGAGCUCUCAGUCACACGGGAAUCGAGUGCGGAAACGUGUGUGCCAUGUUCCUGAGUGGAAUGAUAGCAAAAAGUCCUAUAGGCUGGCCGGGAAUAUCCUAUGUCUCUGCCGGAUUGGUCUUCGCCUGGUGUAUCAUUUGGAUGCUUUUCGCCGCCAACAAUCCAAUGGAAUCUCGUUACAUAGGCGAGGUAGAGCUCCAGUACAUCGAAUCGUCUCUGAGGCACAACGAAGACUAUCACAAGACCAUCAUACCCAUUCCUUGGAGGGCCAUUUGGACCUCGGCUCCGUUCCUGGCUCUUUUGGUGGCACGUUCCUGCGAGACCUGGGGUCUGAGUACCCUACAGGCGCAGAUCCCAACGUAUAUGAACGGUGUUCUCGAUAUGGACAUGAAAAGCAAUGCAUUCUUUUCGGCGUUACCAUUUUUGGCCAUGUGGAUUAUGUCGUAUGUUUACCUGAUAGCCGCCGAUGUUUUGCUCUCUGGAAAUAGGCUAAGUUUGACGGCACUGCGAAAGACCAUUAACUCGAUAGCCUUCUGGAUUCCAUGUGCUACACUAAUUGGAAUAGGGUUUUUGGACCAGGAACAGAAGAAUGUGGCCAUUGCUCUGAUGACCAUCAGUGUGGGUGUGAACAGUGGUGCAACGAUUGGUUCCUCCCUGAACACCAUCGAUCUAUCACCAAAUCAUGCCAGCAUCUUAAAUCUUUGA